AAUACUGACCUAGAUGGAAAGCACCUGCAACAUGUCAGACAGCAAAAUAAAGCACGUUGUGGCCGAUUCUGGGGCAUUUAUCCGUAACGCUCCUCUUAACAGCAUUGGAGAAAAAAUAUACACAGUACCAAAAGUUGUCAACGAAAUCAAGGACAAAGCCACUUUACAGAGACUUCAAUUUUUACCAUAUCAACUUGUUCCCAAAACUCCAACACCAGAAUGCAUAAAAAUAGUUACAGAGUUUUCAAAGAAGACAGGGGAUUACAGAAGCUUGUCAGCUGUGGAUAUUCAAGUGAUUGCACUUACAUAUCAGCUGGAGAAGGAAAAUGUUGGAACAGACCACAUAAAAACUGUGCCUGACAGCAAGAUCGAAUGGACAGCCUCCAAAGCCAUGUUGGAAAAGCCAACGUCAAUUGCGGGGUUCUACCUUGCGAAAGGAAAAAACAAUAGUAGAACAACGUCAGAGUCUACAUGCACGUCCGACUUGCCGGACCAACAAGAAGCAUCUAAAGAAAAUUCAGAUGAGCCCAACAACUCAUGCACCUGUCCGUCCUCAGCUAGCGACCAAUCACAGUCGACAAAUCAAGAUGGAGACUCUAACCUAACAGAGGCAGAAAACCAGGCUGUCAAAGAAAGAGGUGAUGAAGAGACUGUCAAAGAAAGAGGUGAUGAAGAGACUGUCAAAGAAAGAGGUGAUGAAGGGACUGUCAAAGAAAGAGGUGAUGAAGGAACUGUCAAAGAAAGAGGUGAUGAAGGGACUGUCAAAGAAGAAGAUGAUGAAGGGCUCACUGUCACAGCUGAGAUGCUGGAGGAAACAGAAGAAGAUGAAGGGAUCGAGGAGGAUGAAGAGGAAGAAGAAGAUGAUGAUGAUGGUUGGAUAACGCCAAGUAACAUUACAAGUCUAAAACAGAAGAUGACUCAUGCUGAUCAAGAGAGAGUAGCUGUGUGUGUUGGAUGUGUGACCACAGACUUCGCUAUGCAGAACGUACUGAUACAGAUGGGGCUGAAUGUGAUAUCUGUGGAUGGGAUGCUGAUCAAGAGAGCUAAGAGUUUUGUACUCCGCUGUUUUGCAUGCAUGAAAAUAACUAAGGAUAUGUUAAAGGAGUUUUGUCCUUACUGUGGAAAUAGAACAUUGCAGAAAGUUUCUAUGACAGUUGAAGAAGAUGGCAGCAUCCGAUAUUUUCUUUCCCGCAGGAAACCAAUAUCAACAAAAGGAAUGAAGCAUCAGUUGCCAUUGCCCAGGGGAGGUAAACACGCCAGCAACCCUAUCCUCGUGGAGGACCAGCCCCUUCCCCAGCAGAGAGCCGCCAAGAAAAAGCAGCAACACAUGGAUGUGUUCGACCCUGAUUUUGUGGCCGGACAAUCUCCAUUCGCUCUGAAUGACAUUACCAGCCGAGCGGCACAGCUAGGAAUAAGGAAUAAUCAGUUUAAUAAACGUCAACAGAAUAGACAUGGAAGAAGGAAAUAAAAACUUAUGAUUUUC